GGAAAGUACCCUUUUACAAAAAAGUCGCAAAAAGUUCGUAUGACUUCUCCAAUUUUCUGAAAACAUGGACAUUUUUGCACAGUGCGUGUUAUCUCUCUACCAAGUGAGUGACAUUGCUUACGUGUCCUAAUUUACAAAAAUGAUUCAUCAAUCAUGGAAAAAGUGUACCCCAGCAUUGACGACUUGAGCAACGUGAAUAAGAAAAGUUGUCCCGAAUGCUCCGCAUUAUUCAACUCCGACUCCAACCUCAACCUCCACUUGGCCAAGACCCACAAAAAGCCCAAGCUUUUGGAACCCACUAACCCCAACAAAAUUUUCUACUGCCCUAUUACCACGUGUUCUUACCACAACACGUCACAUUUCAAGCAGUUUAAGCCCCUGAAACAACAUUUCUUGAAAGUGCACUCUGACAAGAAUUUUCUCUGCACCCUGUGCCAGAAAGGCUUUGCCACCGAAUCGUCCCGCAACAAACAUACGGAAUAUUGCGACGUUGCGUUCAAAUGUUGCGACUGCGACGUGUCGUACUCGUGCUACGAGACGUUGAAAACACACAGUCGGCGUAAAAAACACAACAUUCUUGAAAAAGUCGCCUACAAAACGUCACUGCCUCCAAGUGUGAAAAACCCAAAGAGUGACGACUCUUUGGCCACGAACAGACUGAGACUCAUUCUUCCGAAGCCUUCCAACAGCACUGGAAUGAUUGACACGUCCGAGCAAAGCGUCCAGACAGAUAAGUCCAACAACAGUCAAGAAACGCAGACGUUUCUGGCCGCCAGGUUGCCCCAGUUCACCGUUGAGACGCAAACCAUCGGCGAUUAUUUCACCAAAAAACCGGUCAAGUCCACGGAAUUGAAAAAUAUCAAGACUCAAACCAUCGCCCCCGUGGCUAAAACCUCCUCGUGCAACACUUUGUUCAAUUUGGACGAUUUCGUGCUAAGUGUGAUGGAAGAUAUGCAGAGAAGUUCGUCCAGUACCCAGACUAACAUUUGCGAGGAGUCGGAGAAUAUUUAUUCGGCCUCAACUAGCACGCAUGACUCCAUACAUACGGACACUUCUGAUUUGUUGAAUGACACGUUUGACUCGAAUUUCUUCAAUAUGGAGACGCAGACCGACUUUGACGACUUGUUCAAGUACUGUGAUGACUACAGCAAUAUGUACACACAGACUUGCCACGAACUGUUGUUGGGUAAAAUUGGACUAAACGACACUCAGACCCAAACUGUCUUUGACGAUGUUCUCAAAUCGGUGGAAAGUCAGACGGUGAUGUCGCAAUUUAAGGUCCUACCAGCGAGUUGUAAGGACAAUGCCACCCAUAUGGAAACACAGACUGAUACGCACUUCAUGCAAAUGCUGGAGGAGAUAAAUGCCUGACUAUAAUGGAAAUUUCUUUGGUUUUGUUGAAGGAGCAAAUUCUAAUCUCGCUUUGGAAACUGUUCAAUUUUACAAAUUUUCCAUUCUUACCUUGUAACCAUUUUUAAUGGGAAGUAACAAUAAAUUUUCUACUACGCAAUGAAA